AUGGAGCCUGACCUCUCCAAGAGCAUCACGAUGCACCCGCAUCCCUUCCGCCUGCACACGCCGUCUCACCUCGCCAACUCAUCCCGAGGCUCCAUGUCCGUUGCUGGCGAGGAGGUCCCGGCCAAUGCCUCUAGUACGGCCCUCGAGAACGCAUCGCCACCUCUCGUCUCUUCCCAGUCUGAGAAGCAGGAAGCCGCCGCUCGCCACUCCACCGCCUUCACCGACGUCGAAGGUCAGCCCCAUCUGCGCUCCGACUUGGACCCCUAUGGCCUUUCCUCUGCCUUCAAGACCCCCGAGGACCUCGCCCAGAUCAAGGCCAAUACCUCGCGCAAGAGGGACCCGGCCGGCAAUGGUCGCAGAAGCAGCAGCAGCCCUUGGCGCCAGAGCCACAAGAUCCGGCAGUUUUACGAAACACAAAACGCCGCCAUCGAGCGCAUGCUCAAAUCAGUCGACGAGCACGUCGCCGAGGCCCGCCAGGAGGCCGGCGAUGACCAGCUGCAAUUCCGCAUCGCCGUCUGGGGCUCUUUCGCCGCCAACGUCCUCCUCACGGCCCUGCAGCUCUACGCCGCCAUCAGCACGGGUUCCCUCUCUCUCAUUACCACCAUGGCCGACGCCAUCUUCGAUCCCCUCAGUAACCUGACGCUCAUCCUCGCCAGCCGCGCCAUCAGGCGCGUCAACCCGCGCCGCUUUCCCGCCGGAAAAGCCCGUCUCGAGACCGUCGGCAACAUUGUCUUUUGCUUCCUCAUGAUCUCCGUUUCGCUCAUCAUCAUCGCCUUCGCCGCGCGCGAGCUGGCGAGCCAGCCCACGACGGAUGAGACGAAGCCGUUCCGCAUCGAGCCCAUCGUUGCCGUCUGCGUCGCCUUCGCCACAAAGUUCGUCCUGUUUCUCUACUGCUUCUCCCUGCGGAACCGCUACUCCCAGGUGCGGAUCCUCUGGUCGGACCACCGCAACGACCUCCUGGUCAACGGCUUCGGCAUCCUCACCUCGGUCGGCGGCUCCAAGCUCAAAUGGUAUAUCGACCCAACGGGUGCCAUUGUCCUGUCGCUCGUCGUAUCGGGUAUCUGGCUGCGCACCGCCAUCGCAGAGUUUUUGCUGCUUGUUGGCGUCACCGCGUCGGUUGAGACGCAGCAGCUCAUCACCUACGUCUGCCUGACGCACUCCCCUGCCAUCCAGGGCAUCGACACAGUGCGUGUCUACCACUCGGGGCCUAGGCUCAUUGCCGAAGUGGACAUCGUCAUGGACCCCGAGAACACACUCACCGAGACGCACGACGUGGCCGAGGCGUUACAGGUCAAACUGGAGAGUCUGCCGGAUGUGGAGCGGGCCUACGUGCAUAUCGACUACGAGACCACUCAUAAGCCGGAGCACGCUUUCAAGAAGGACCUGUAG